AUGCCUCAAUGGUCGCUCGAGGAUAUGGUAUCUAUGGACGGAAAGAUAGCCAUUGUGACAGGGGGAAAUGGAGGAAUUGGGUACCAUGCAACGAAAAAUCUCCUCAAAAAUGGCGCAAAGGUCUACAUGGCCUCUCGGGACUCGCCAAAGAGUCAUGAUGCCAUUCAAAGGCUCAAAGAAGAGACUGGAAAGGAUGCGAUAUACUUGCUGCCGAUCGACCUCUCCGACUUGCGAGGCGUCCGAAAGGCGGCCGAGGAAUAUCUCAGCAAAGAGUCCACACUCGACGUCUUGAUGAACAAUGCUGGCGUUAUGGCUGCACCCGUUGACCAACUUACAAAGGACGGAUACGACCUUCAGUUCGGAGUCAAUGUCCUUGCUCACUUUCAUCUUACGAUGCUCCUGCUCCCGGCCCUCCUCGCGACGCCAAACCCACGCGUGAUCAAUAUUUCUUCCCGUGGACACCUCAUGGCUCCAAGAGCAGGAUUCCUCUGGGACAAACUCAAAGGUCCCAAAAAGGGCUCCUGGAUUCCGGGCCUUGGCUUUAUCGAACGCUACCAAUUCUACGGUCAAAGCAAACUGGGUAAUAUACUGUUCUCUAAUGAACUCGCGCGUCGGUACGGAGACAAGGGUCUCAUAGCCAUCUCCGUUCACCCGGGUGUGAUCCAAACCGAGCUCGGUCGUAAUCAUAACAAUAUUAAUCGCUGGAUCUACUGGAACAUAGCUUAUCCUGUAGAGUAUGGAGCAUUGACCCAGCUCUAUGCGGCCAACACGCCGGAAGCAAAGGAGUUGUCCGGAAAGUAUCUGGAACCCGUCGCCAAAGUCACGGCGCCUUCGUCUCUUGCGACGGACCCAGAGCUAGCAAAGAAACUGUGGGAGUAUUGCGAGCAAGAGCUCAAAGACUAUUGA